AUGGAGUUCGAUGACGAGAUGGGCUACGCUGUAGCAGGACCUGGCUCCUCGCGCUCGAACAGCCGACCGCCCCGCGUACGCUGUCAAGCACCCCAGGAAUCCGUCAAGCAGUUCUGGGAACAAUUCAACACAAAGUUCCCAGGUAAAGUAUACACGGUGCUACCGGACAACCCAUACGCACGGACGCGGGCCAAACGUGUACCCAGCGGCCUUAUCAAGGGCCACGAGGCCGUCAAAUCGUAUGAGCAAGCGCGCCAGGAAUGCCAAAAAUCUGUCGACCGUAUUGUCAAGGAAUGCGAACGUGUGAAUCAGAGAUAUUCAGACCCCCACUUUGAUAUCGAGCUAGAUUUAAAGACGGGUCGGAGACACUAUCUCGAUGGAUUGGAUAGACCAAAUAUGGAGAUGCGACCCCGAGGCGUGAAGAGAGUGACCGAAAUUUUCGAGAACCCGCAGUUCUUCGUUAACGGGCCCACCGCGUCAGAUGUGCGACAGGGAAAUGAUGGGGAUUGCUGGCUCAUGGCUGCGCUUUGUACCAUGGGCAACAAGGAGGAGCUGAUCCGGAAUAUUUGUGUUGCUCGCAAUGAAGAGGUUGGGAUUUACGGAUUUGUUUUCCAUCGAGACGGCGAGUGGCAGCAGUGCAUUAUAGAUGACAAGCUGUAUCUCCGCGCUGCUGACUAUGACGAGUCUGUGGAUGAGCGACCCCUCUGGGACGACAUAAACCGAACCAAUACAGAGGAGGAGUACCAGCGAGUCUGGCAGACGGGCUCAAGAGCUCUAUACUUCGCUCAGUGCGUAGAUGACAACGAGACCUGGCUACCUCUUUUGGAGAAAGCCUUCGCAAAGGCUCACGGUGACUAUUCCGCGAUCGAGGGCGGAUUUGUUGGUGAAGCUAUUGAGGAUCUCACUGGAGGCGUCACGUCUGAGGUCUUAUCCAGCAAUAUCCUAAACAAAGACCGCUUUUGGAACGAGGAACUUAUGAAGGUUAACAAGGAAUUCCUGUUUGGUUGCGGGACGGGCCUGUUUACAAACUGGCUAGAACCCACGUACCACGGUCCUCCAAGGGAUCGAAAGGGUAUUUCGGAGGGCCACUCCUAUUCCAUCAUGGAAGCCCGGGAGAUUGACGGGAAGCGGCUACUGCGACUGAGGAAUCCAUGGGGGCGCAAAGAAUGGCACGGGGCGUGGGGUGAUGGAUCCAAGGAAUGGACGCCCGAGUGGAUGGAACGUCUUGGUCAUAAAUUUGGCAACGACGGUUUCUUCUGGAUUUCUUACAAAGAUCUCCUCAAGAAAUACCAGCACUUCGACCGGACUCGCCUCUUUGGACCUGAAUGGACCAUCACCCAGCAAUGGACUACCUUGAAUGUUCCUUGGUCUGCCGAUUAUCACAGCACUAAAUUCAUGAUCGAUGUGACUAGGAGUGGCCCGGUAGUAAUUGUUCUAUCCCAGCUUGAUUCACGUUAUUUCAGAGGACUAGCCGGCGAGUACAGCUUUGUGCUCAAGUUCCGUUUGCAAAAGAAAGGAGAAGAAGAUUAUCUCGUGCGCAGCCAUAGCAGCCAUUUCAUGGGCCGAUCGGUCAACGCCGAGAUUAACCUUGACCCGGGUCACUACCAUGUCCUCAUGAAAAUCACAGCCUUCCGCCACGAAGAGGCAGAAUCAACUGAGGAAAUGGUCCGCCAGGUUGCCUCGACAAGAAGAGAGAAACUAGUGCAAGUCGGCCUUUCAUACGACCUCGCCCACGCCAAGGGAAUGGUGGGCGAGACAGAACAAGAAAAGCAGGAGCAGGAGCGUUUCAAGGCAAUCGAGCGGAAAAGAGCACGCGAUGAUAUAAAGAAAAAGAUGCAGAAAGACUGGAUCCGCAACCAGAAGCUAAAUGCCCGACGAGAGCGCAUGGAAGCAAGGCAUGUGAGCCGCACCCCCAGCGGUAGCUCCUACUGUCGCAACCACGAAAGCGAUUCUGUCCCCAGUCAAAUUCUGGCAGAGAAACCAGUAGAGGACUCUCCUAUCGACACUGGAAGUAUCUCAAGCGAAAGUAGUGAUCACCGUGUCAACGGUUCCGUCCCGACUAUCCACCUCAACGGUAGCCAGGGCCUGCACGCAAGACACGCAAGACACGCGAGCAGUGGCUGGCGACGUGGAGCCGACUCUCUGCAUCCUAGCCUAGACGCUCGUUUUGCUACAGACGCUCUAGACGCAAGUGAUAUCGAGAUACUAGAAGGAUUCGAAUUUGACAGCGAUAUUGACCUGCCUCCUGACGAGGCAGAUGUGAAGAAUCACCCUCCAUCAACGGACCGUGAUGGACCUCCUGUUGAUCCAUGGAAUGCUGUCUGUGUGGUUGGCCUGCGGGUUUACUCCAAGGAUCCGAUGUUGACUUUGCAGGUUGUGCGUCCUGUGCCAGAGGAUGACACUGAAGCGCCUCUGGACCGGGACGACCCUGCGGCGUCAGCGACUACCUCUCAGCGAGACCCUUCCUCAUGGAGGGACUCUUGGAGCAAUCAGCUGCCUAUUUAG